AUGUCCUAUUACUUUGUCAUCAUUUCGCCGGCGGACACUCCACUCUUCGAACUGACCUUUGGCACUUCCAAAGCUGGAGGAGAUGGUGUUCCGAGGUUUCGCAAUGGAGAGACAGCUCGGUAUAUGAACCAAUUCAUUGUGCAUGCAGCUCUGGACGUUGUGGAGGAGGUUCAAUGGUUGAGCCCGAACAUGUGGCUGAAAGUCAUUGACAAUUACGCGCCGACAAAUUCACACAUAAGCUGCUUCCUCACUGGCACCAAUGUCCGCUUCAUGCUCCUCCAUCAGCCAUCGGCCAUUACGACUGCCUCCGCCGGUAGUCGCUCGUCCACCAUAUCGUCUACGUCCAUUCCACAAAACCCCACGAGCCCACAAACCGAAGAAGCUAUUCGCCAGUUCAUGAAUGAAGUUUUCGAACUGUGGGUGAAAACCUUGAUGAACCCCUUUUACACCAUCGGCAAGCCGAUCAAAAGCCCGGUCUUUCGACAACGCGUGGUUGGCGCUGGCCGAAAAUGGCUGUAG